CAAUGCACAAAUAGGUAAAGGUGUGGGAGGGGAUGUGUUUUGAAAGUCCAUCCUCCUCCUCCACACCAACCACACCUUGGUAGUCACUCCCAGAUAAAAGUCUCCCCUCCCAGUGACUGCCACUGGUGACUGUCAGAGGCGAAAGCUCAGGCCAGGCCUGGCUGCAGUGGUCUCCUCAGGCCGCAGACGUCGGGAAGCACAGCCAUGCCCAGGUACACCGUCCAUGUGCGCGGGGAGUGGCUGGCAGUGCCCUGCCGCGAUGCACAGUGCACCGUGGGCUGGCUAGGCCGGGAGGCCAUUCGGCGCUACAUAAAGAACAAGCCAGACAACGGAGGCUUUGCCUCAGUGGAUGACGUGCACUUCCUCGUGCGCCGGUGCAAGGGCCUGGGCCUGCUGGACAAUGAGGACACACUCGAAGUGGCCCUGGAGGACAACGAGUUCGUGGAAGUGGUGAUAGAAGGGGAUGCCAUGUCUCCUGACUUCAUUCCCUCACAGCCAGAAGGCGUUUACCUAUACAGCAAAUACCGGGAGCCUGAGAAGUACAUCGCCUUAGAUGGGGACAGUCUAACCACAGAGGAUCUGGUCAACCUGGGAAAGGGGUGUUACAAAAUAAAGCUCACUCCAACUGCUGAAAAGAAGGUGCAAAAAUCCAGGGAAGUCAUAGACAGCAUCGUAAAAGAAAAAACUGUUGUUUACGGCAUUACUACCGGCUUUGGAAAAUUUGCCAGAACUCUAAUUCCUGUCAGUAAGCUACAAGAGCUCCAGGUCAACUUAGUACGCUCACAUGCUUCAGGUGUUGGGAAACCACUGAUCCCUGAGAGAUGUCGGAUGCUCUUGGCUUUAAGGAUCAAUGUCUUAGCCAAAGGAUACAGUGGCAUUUCUCUGGAAACCCUCAAGCAAGUUAUUGAUGUAUUUAAUGCCUCCUGCCUGUCCUAUGUGCCAGAAAAAGGAACCGUUGGUGCCAGUGGAGACCUCGCUCCGCUCUCUCAUCUUGCUCUUGGGAUGAUUGGAGAAGGGAAGAUGUGGUCUCCAAAGAGUGGCUGGGCUGAUGCUAAAUACGUCCUAGAGGCUCAUGGAUUGAAACCAAUUGUUUUGAAACCAAAAGAGGGCCUGGCACUCAUCAAUGGGACACAGAUGAUCACCUCCCUGGGCUGCGAAGCGGUGGAGAGAGCCAGCGCCAUCGCACGCCAGGCUGACAUUGUGGCGGCCCUGACCCUUGAAGUGCUGAAGGGCACCACCAAAGCCUUCGAUACCGACAUCCAUGCUGUUCGCCCUCAUCGGGGGCAAGGCGAAGUCGCUUUUCGCUUUCGGUCCCUCUUGGACUCAGAUCACCACCCAUCUGAGAUAGCAGAAAGUCACAGGUUCUGUGAUCGUGUUCAGGAUGCAUACACCUUGCGCUGCUGUCCACAGGUCCAUGGUGUGGUGAAUGACACAAUCGCAUUUGUGAAGAACAUUAUUACCACAGAACUUAACAGUGCAACAGAUAAUCCUAUGGUAUAUGCCAGUAGGGGAGAGACUAUUUCUGGAGGAAACUUCCAUGGUGAAUACCCAGCAAAAGCCCUGGACUAUUUGGCCAUUGGAGUUCACGAACUUGCUGCAAUUAGCGAAAGAAGAAUCGAAAGGCUCUGUAACCCUUCCCUCAGCGAGCUGCCUGCCUUCCUGGUGGCUGAAGGUGGUCUGAACUCUGGCUUCAUGAUCGCCCACUGCACAGCUGCGGCCCUUGUUUCUGAGAACAAGUGUCUGUGCCACCCUUCUUCUGUGGACUCUCUCUCCACCAGCGCUGCCACCGAGGACCACGUCUCCAUGGGAGGAUGGGCAGCGAGAAAGGCCCUCCGGGUCAUCGAGCACGUGGAGCAAGGUAACCCCAGCCCCUUCAGGAUGUCGGGCCCCACUGAUAACCUCCUACUCCGUGGUCCCCAAAGGGACAGCUGGCUUGAAGCAUCAGCAUCCUCCGGGCACUUGUUAAAAAGGCAGAUUCUCAGGCCCCACCCCAGCACUGCUGAAUCAGAAACUUUAGGGAGGAGAGAACAAUCUAGGUUUAACAAGCCCCCCAGGUGAUACUGAUGUUCGCUGAAGAUUAAGAAACACACCUACUGGCGAAGCUGGUUCAUUGCCCGGCCUUUUUUUUUUUUAAUGAGACUUUUAAAACAUAUUCAAAAGUGGUGAGAUCAGUACCAUAAACCCUCAUAUACACCUCCUCUGAUUCAAGCUUCAUUCUUUCUUUUACUUUUCUCAAAUUACUUUCAAGCAAAUACCUGUCACAUUAUUUCCUUCCAACAUACUUUCUCUCCUACAUACACACAGUUACCACCACGAUGCCUUUUCACAGCUCACAAAAAUCAACAAGAAGUCUUGGUAACACCACCGAGUACAAAUUCAAAAUUUCCCAAUUAUCGCCACGAUUUUACAGUAUGUUUGUUCAAAUCAGGAUUCAAGAUCCAUGUUUUAAAUUUGGUGGUCAAAGUUUUAAGGUUUUUUUCUUUUUAAUCUAAAAGAGUCCCCUCUCCCUUUUUCUUCUUCAGGCAACUGAUUAGUUAAAAAAAACAGGUCAGUUUUCUGAAAGAGACUGAUAUUCAGGAUUUGCCCCUUAGCUUCCUUGUGGUAUUACUUGUAACUUGUUCUCUGUCCUGUGCAUUUCCUGUACGUUACCGUUGGUCCUAAUGGCUUGACAAAUUUUAGAUCCAACCUUUCUGGCAAAGAUACUUCAGAGGUGGAGCUAUACUAGGCCAGGUUCUCCCAGCUUUAAUUACUGCUUUUUUUUUUUUUUAAAGAGAAAUUGCCUUCCUUGAGGCACUGUUACCUAAGUUCUAAGUUUUUGCAACUGUGUUGGAAGGAGUUAGCUGACAAAAGAAUAUCACUGCUGUAGUUCCCCCUUCUCCAUGGGGGAACAUUACCAGACCACCCGGUUGGUCGCUUGAAACCUCAGGUAGCGCCAGACCUUCUAUAUACUGCUUUUUCCUGUGCUUACAUACCUUACGGUAAAGCUUAACUUGUAAAUUAGACAUGAAAAAGAUUAACAGUAACUAAUACUAAAACAAUAAUUAUAAAAAUAGACAGUAAUAAAAGUUAUGUGAAUGUGGACUCAAAAUAUCGUAUUUACGGCACUCACCCUUCUUGCCGUGACUUGCGGCGGGAACAUGCAUGCGGCGGACGCAGCGGGGUGAAUGACGUGCGCACCGUUACGCAGUGUUAGGCUUACUGACCGUCUGACGCCACUGCAGGGGGAGGAUCACGUGCUUCCAGUGGCCGAACAAACGUCCUGGCACUUCCUGUCGCCGCUGUCCGCCCGGUUCCCUGUGCUGGAAACCCAGUGUUUCCCUUGUGCGGCCGGGGACCCUUCCCUACCUCAGCACCAGGUUCUCGCGGCCCUUCUGCCUGCAACCCUGCUCCCCAAGGGUUCACGGGGUUCACUCCCUCACUCCAUCUGCCAGCUGCGCGUUUCACCUCAGAUGCCUCCCUUUCUGCCCAGGGCCAAAUGGCACCUGUCAUUCUUUCCCUUUGUUGUUACUGUUUUUCUAAUAGCCCUUAGUACUCCUGAAAUACUUAGGCUUGCCCUUUCCCAGUAGAAUGUAAACUCUGCAAGGGCAGGUUCCCGACUGUCUGGAUCACAUCCCAAGGUGGACCUAAAAUACCUAGAACAGUGCCUGGCACAGACUUGGUGUUCAAAUGUUUGCAUGGCAAUAAAGUUGGUACUAUAGGCCCCAAGUCUACAUCCAGUUCAUCUGAGGUAGUUCUAUACGUUUAUAUCAAGGAGGUGCUGUUAAGAGCAACAAAAAAUGAAUUGGUUGUUUGUAUUUCAAGCAUGCUCAUUGUUACUGCAGUUUGCUUUGAUUGCAGAGAUUAAACAAAUGUCUAUAAAUGUUAUAAUCUUAUAAACUUGGAUAUAAAGUACAAGAGAAGAACCUGAUUACAGUACCUAGUGAUUCUUCACUGCAUAGAGGACACAGAAAGAGAAUAAUUCCAUUUGGUUGGGAUGAUAAGAUAUCUACCAUCUGAGCACAGUCGAUUAGCAGUGAAUGAGAUAUUCUUCUCUCUGCCCUCUGGGAAAUUAGUUUAACCAGAGAGACAGACCUCGGACAACAUGACAACUCUUUGUAACACUUAGCAAAAUUCUGACUAAAGAAUAGCAUUCUAAGGAGGAUAUAAUUGAACCAGAUCUAGUCUGAAGGGAUGAAAAAAGGUGUCUCAGAAGAAAUAUUUAAGAGUAAGACCCAAACAACAAAUAGAGGCUGCUAACUGUGGGGAGGGGCGCAGUAUUGGUUUUGUAUGGGAAGUGGAUGUGCACAAAAUUAAAGUAUCCAGGAUGAACUGGGACAAAUGAAGAAAGGCAGCAUGCUCUGCAUGGAGGUAGCUGAGGGCUGCUAAAUGUAAAGACAGAAUAAUAUCUGAGACAAAACCUUGAGAGGCCACUGCAUUCAGAGGGAAAGAGGACCUGAAACAUAACCCACUGGAGGAAGGAGGGGAACCUUUUCAAAGGAAGAAGCUUAAAAUGCUCAGGGUGACAAAGAUCUGGAGGGAGAGGGAGACUGAGGCCCAAGAAAUGAGCAGAGACAUCUCAGGGCCUGAGGAUAUGAGGUCACAAGAACAGUCUUUUC